UUAGGUUUUCUGACAAGUUGACUCGACAAUUUUCACGCGCUCGUCUAGGGACUUUUGUGACAUUACAGUUUAUAACAGGGCAAGAGAAGAACAACUUGAACAGCUGAUGCUCCACGAACACCGGCAAAAUGUCAAAAACCAAGCAAAUUACUCUACGUGUACAAUCACCAGAGGGAACGAAACGAAUUCAAGUGAAUGCUGCUGACACAGUAUCAUCUCUUUUUGAAAAGAUAUACGAUGCCUUUGAUCUCAAUAGUUUUGGAUUUGGUCUAUACAAACAACGAAAUUAUAAAGAUGAAAUUAUAUCUUCACGUAGUAAAAGUGUUUCGGAUGUGGGUUUAUCUCAUGGAGAUAUGCUUUAUUUUGCGUCAGUUAAUGGAAGGGUACCAUGGGAUGGUCCAUCAACUAGUAGUUCCUCUAAUAAUAUAACAGAAAUGAGUCAAAUGGACGUAACUCCGAGUACAAGUCGUACUUCUCAGGUUCAACCUGUGAUAAAUUCUUCACGUUCGUCUACAAAUGUUGUUGAGGACGAAGUCGAUUUGCAAUUGUGGAAAUUGGAUGGAAAGAUACAGAGAAAACGGGAUGAGAAAUUCUGUCGACAUGGAUUGAAUGCUUGCUGUGUACAUUGUUCGUCUCUUGAACCAUUCGAUGAAGUAUAUCUCAAAGAGCAAAAUGUUAAACAUCUUUCGUUUCAUGCGUAUCUGAGAAAAUUGACUGCUGGAGUUGACAGAGGAAAAUUUGUGCAACUUGAAGACAUAAGUUGUCGUAUUAAAUCGGGUUGCAAGGAUCAUCCACCAUGGCCUCGAGGAUUUUGUAGUAAAUGUCAACCAAAUGCAAUCACAUUGAAUCGACAACAAUAUAGACACGUGGAUAAUGUCAUGUUUGAAAAUGCAAGUUUAGUUGAACGUUUCUUGAAUUAUUGGCGUAGCACAGGACAUCAACGUGUUGGGUACCUUUACGGAAGGUACGAAAUUCACACAGAUGUUCCUUUAGGUAUCAGAGCAGUUGUAUCCGCUAUCUACGAACCUCCACAGGAAAGUUCUCGAGAUAAUGUAGUGCUUCUGCCAGAUGGAAAAGAAUCAUUAGUGAAUGAGCUAGCUCACUCGUUAAAUCUUCGAAGAGUCGGUUGGAUAUUUACUGAUUUAAUCGCUGAUGAUGUCAAAAAGGGAACUGUAAAGCAUGUGAGAAACAUAGAAAGUCACUUUUUGUCUGCGCAAGAAUGCAUUAUGGCUGGCUACUUUCAAAAUCAACAUCCUAAUCCAUGUCGGUUUUCAGCUAGUGGUAACUUUGGCUCGAAAUUUGUUACAGUUUGCGUUACUGGAGAUAAUAAAAAUCAGGUUCACAUGGAGGGUUACCAAGUUUCAAACCAAUGUAUGGCGCUGGUACGCGAUGGUUGUUUGGUGCCUACAAAAGAUGCACCCGAGCUUGGCUAUGUGAUUGAAUCCUCGGAUAAACAAUAUGUUCCUGACGUUUAUUAUAAGGAAAAAGAUUCGUAUGGAAAUGAAGUUUUGAGAUUAGCAAGACCACUGCCAGUGGAAUAUUUAUUAGUCGAUGUUCCAGCAUCAACUCCUUUGACACCUCAAUUUACUUUCUAUGCUAGUGACACUAUCACUCCGUUCCCUGUAGAAAACAGGCUGGUGGACGGUCAAGUACAAGAAUUUGAUUCUUUAUGUACAUACAUGCAACAAUUCAAUCCUGAUCAGUUUCUUGAAGCAGUAUCUGAUUUUCAUUUACUUCUGUUUAUUACAACGAUGGAUAUGCUACCACUGAAGGAUCACAUGGCACCUCUCUUGGAGGCAAUUCGCACAAAUGAUAGACAAAAAGCCACAAAAUGGGCUCAUUCUGAACAUUGGGCGACAGUUGAACAAUUGAUAUCUGCCACUGCGGCCUCUUCUCAUUCAUCACCUGGAGUGACUUUUGGUAAUACAACCCACUCGUCGUCUUCCUCAGGAAUUGGAGGAAUUGGAAUUGGCGUUGGACCAGGUCCAGUUAAUCCACCUCCAGAACAACCAUUAUGGACAUGUCCGCACUGUACUUUCUUAAAUCCUGGCGAAUUGUCCUCGUGUGAAAUGUGCAGUUUACCAAGGAUGGCGAUGUAAUUUUCUUUUGAAAAUAAAUGGAAACUUGGAAUGUGAAAAAAUCGAAUAAGCGAAUGAUGCCAGGAUCAAAAACGCGUUAAAUAAUCAUUGACUGAUAGUACAGUUUCCUAACUAAGGGAAGUAUCCCCGUACAUUUAUAAAAAAAAAAAUUGCAAUUUGUAAGAAAAAAAAUAAGUAAACAAAAAAGUUUUAACUGUGAUACAGGAAUGAUAAACUUUUUAAAAGAAAAAUAUCAGAUUGUCAUAUUAUGAAAAAUAUUGAUAUUUGAGCUUGAAACAACAUGUGUAGGUGUAAUAUUCAAGUGUAGCACUGAUUAAUUGUGUGUGGGGAAAUUAGAUCUAUUUUGUUGGUACCAAACUUUUAGAAUGAUUUUCUCGUUCAUAUUAUAUAUAUAUAUAUUAUAUAUUAAUAAUGACUUUUUAGUAAUGAAGUGUAUACUUAUUACACAAUCUAUGUAGUUAACAAAUAAAAAAAUUAAGACAUUUUCAUUGA